UCUCGGAAGAUGGAUAGUUUCGUCGUGUUGGUCCAAGAUUAUGCUACUACGUUUUGAGGGGAUGAACAUUGUUUUAUUUCUGAUCAGACAGACAAAAAAAUAAAGUAGCCUGAAAUCGUUGCAGUGAGCUGGGCAGCGCCAGCGGAAGCCUCCUGUGACACGAAUGGAUGGACUUUGGAUUGGUCUUUCAAAAAAUGGAUCUCGGACCUCAGAACAAUGGCUGCAACGUUACUGACACACACGAUUUGAGACUUCUGGUGAAAGAAGAAGAUAUAAAAGAGGAGGAAUGUGGUCAUAUGAUUACAAGUCCAGAUGAAGAAGAAAAGCCCUUUGCAGAGUUUCACUUUAAAACUGAAACAGAAGGCGCAGAGGUCAACGUUACUGACAAUGAAACAUUGCAGACCACAGCGGAGAUUGAAGUGAAGAUCGAAGAGGAUGAAGAGCACGAUUAUCUUUUGGAAAGUGCAUCAGAAUAUCCAAACAGAACCCAACAGAAGAUCCACGGACAGAGUGAUGAACUCAGUCUGCAACUCGAUGGAAGGCGGCGCCACUGCACUGUCUGCAGGAAGAGUUUCAGGACCCUGAGAGAACUCAAGAAACACCAGAAUACACACUCUGAUAGCGUAAAUGAACAGCAGCAAACACACUCUGCUAGUGUGAACGAAGAGCCGAACACUCACAGAAAAAAGACUAAAAUCUGUGAUCACUGUGGAAAAGCAUUUAGCAAAACACAUCUGAAACACCACAUUCUGACACACACUGGAGAGAAACCUUAUAAAUGUGACCAGUGUGGAAAAUCUUUUAGACAAAUGUCAACUCUUAAAUUACACAUGCUGAUACACACCGGAGAGAAGCCUCAUAAAUGUGCCUAUUGCGAACACGCGUGUACGACGUCCGCAAAUCUCAAACGACACAUGCUGACACACACUGGGGAGAAGCCUCACGAGUGUGUGCAGUGUGGAAAAAGCUUCUCGAUAUUCUCAAAUCUCAAAACCCACAUGCAAAUUCACACGGGAGAGAAGAGGUACAAAUGUGUCCAGUGCGGAGAGGCCUUUUUGAGGACCAGGCAGCUUCAGUCCCACAUGAAAUUCCACACGGGACAGAGGCCUCUCAAAUGUGUCCAGUGCGGAAAAGCUUUCUUACGAAUAUCACACCUUCAAACUCACAUGCAAAUUCACUCGGGAGAGACGCAUAAAUGCACCGAGUGUGAAAAAAUGUUUGCGACAGCCACGCAGCUUAAACAGCACAGACGUGCACAUGCUGGAAAGAGGCCUCACCAGUGUCCACAUUGUGACAAAGCUUUUAAAACGUCAUUCAGUCUUAAACACCAUCAGUUAUUGCACACCGGAGAGAAGCCUUAUAAAUGUUCCUAUUGUGAAAAAGGUUUUACAACAUUGCAGAAUUCUAAAAAUCAUCAGCUGGUACACACCGGAGAGAAGCCUCAUAAAUGUGGCUUUUGUGAAAAAGCUUUUGCAAGAUCCUCCAAUCUUAAAAAACACAUGCUAACACACAAAGAAAAGCCAACUUGGCAGUUGUACAGACUUGGGGACAGCCAUGGCCUACUGGUUAGGACUUUGAGCUUGUAACCCGAGGGUUGCCGGUUCGAUCCCCAAUCAGUCCACGCCUGAAGUGCCUUUGAGCGUAGAAUGCCGCGGUUGGGCAGGCAGCUCACUGCUCUGGGUUAGUGUGUGCUUCACCUCACUGUGUAUUCUUUGCGUGCUGUGUGUGUUCACUAAUACACGGAUUGGGUUAAAUGCAGAGACCAAAUUUCCCUCACGGUAUCAAAAAGAGGAUAUAUGUACUGUACUAUACUAUACGUUGGUAAAAGUGUACUGAUCCAACCUCUUGACUAGUAAAAAUAUGUAAUAAAAAAAAUAAAAAGCCUUUCAGAAGAAUCAUGUUUCUGUGUAAAGAAGGUAACUGUUUUUUUUUAUUAUUAUUAUUAUUAUGUAUCAAUUAAUGAAUGUAUUUGUU